AUGGACCGCAUAAACAACAGGAUUACAAGUCCUGUGAUGAUUGCUGCUCUCAGAUUCAAUAUAUUAAGACAAGCUACACUUUGCUGUGAUAUGUGUCGAAUCAAGCAGUGUCAUUCUCUCAACAUCCAGGAAGCCGCAGAGAUAGAGUGUUGUGGCUGCUACAUUCACCCUAACAUUGAAGCGAUGCCUGUGACAGCAACGAAGCCUAAUAAAGCUCACCCGUGGCGAAUAUACAUAUGGAAUGGUGCCUAUACACUGCAAGUCCCACUACCCAUUGUGCUAUGGGGUGUUUCAAAAGACAAGGAUGAUCCGGUGGCAGCUGCCCCGUUGGGGAAGCUUCAUCUGUACAUACCCAUCGCGGAAUCCAGGCACUUAGUUACAUUCACGGCGGCGCUGAGCGAAGGACCUCGCGAGCUGUACCACAAGAUGGAUUUCGGGACUGCUUUGAACUACGAAGCCUUGUGGCAAUGUGUGCUGUACGACUGCCAGGCGGCUCUCGAGCUUUCCGGGCAAGGAUAUGAGUUUAUUAUGCUGAUGGCAAGAGAUGAGGAUGUAGACGAUCUCAAAUCUGUGAUGCUUGUUAUCAGGCAUGGCGGGGAGGUCGUGGACCCCUUCAGCGAUGACCCACUGCUAAGGCGUGUUGUGAUACCACCGUACAUGUCAGAGCACGAAUACUUGUAUACAUCAGAAAACGUACGGGUAAGGUUUUCCUGCAGCACUGGCACUGGCUUUUAUAUUUUAUUCUACUGUCACAGGGAUUCGCCAUCCUAUGGUAUCCCCCAUUCCAUACACACCAUAGACAUAGACCUAAAUGACAGAGUGGUGAAAGAAAUUACCAUGGUGACACCACAUCACAGAUCUAAUAUCCUUCAUAGCCAAUGUUUCAGAUCAAAGGAGAAUAUCCAUGGUGUUGAGGUAGCCUCCGAGGGUUACUCGAUUGAGUUUAUUUAA